AUGAGUAAUGAAGAAAAACCAAAAGAAAAACAAGAACAAGAAGAUGAAAAAGAAAAAAAAAGAAAUCAUUUAUCCUUAUUGGUUUUUUGUCAAAAAUUACACCAUGCAAAACAAGAUAAUGGAAAGCUAAAAGUACUACUUGGUGAUAUAUAUAAUAGAUUAGAUGAUGCUGAAGAUGUUUUAACUGAAGGCAAAGCUAAAGGAAAAUCAACUAAAGAAUUAGAAGAUGCAGAAUAUAAUAUAAGAAGAAUUCAAUUUUUUAUACAAAUAAUAACCUAUCAUAUAUAUGAAAAUAUUCGAAAAGAAGAAGCAACAUCAAAUAAUGAUAUGGAAUUUUUUGAAGAUGAUUAUGUAGAAUAUGAUGAAGAAGGUAAUAAAGAAUAUGAAGAGAUUCUUCAGGCUUCUUCUUCUCAUCAAAAUCCAACAACAUGUAGUCAUAAUGAUACUCAUGAUAUUCAACAUCAAAUUGAACGAAUAAUGAAUAAUCCAGCUGAACUUCGUGAAGUAAUAGAUAGUUUUGUUCUACAAAGUAUAACAAUAAAUCCUCAUUUAUUAUCUUCAAUAUUACUUCGUAAUCCUGUUUUAUUACGUUCAUUAUUACAUAGUAAACGAACAGCAUUACAAGAACUUAUGUGUAAUUAUGGUUAUGUUUUAAGUAAUCAUCAAGGCAUGUCAUGUGCUUUCAAUGGUUUACGAUCUAUUUAUCAUAAUGCACAAGAAUCAAUUUAUUCAGCAGCAGAAGAACAAUUUGGUAAUAAUUUAUUUGCACAAUUAUUUAAUAAAAAUAGAACAAUAUCACCAACUGAAAACACUCAUCCAUUACCAAAUCCUUGGCUACGUCGCCGUACUGCUACAGCAGCUGCACGUCUUCGUCAAACACAACAACAACAACAACCUACAAAUUCAACAAAUACUCAACCACAACAACAACCUACAAGUUCAACAAAUACUGAAUCACAACAACAACCUACAAGUUCAACGAAUACUCAACAACAACAACCUACAAAUUCAACAAAUACUCAACCACAACAACAACCUAAAAGUUCAACAAAUACUCAACAACAACAACCUACAAAUUCAACAAAUACUCAACCACAACAACAACCUACAAGUUCAACAAAUACUCAACCACCACAACAACAACAGCAAGUAGCUGCAAGGAUUUUGUCUGAUACUGAUAGUAGUUCAGCUCGUUUAAUGUCUCCAAUCAUAGAAAAUAAUCUGUCACAAUUAGUUGAAAAUCAUUAUUUACUUGAAUAUGUCCUUAAUGCACCAUAUAUGCAGUCAUUAAUGAUUUUACUUGCAGUUAAUUCUGAUGUAUCAGGACAAAUGGUUGCUAAUAAUCGUCAAUUACGUGAACAAAUCCUUAAUGCUUUACCAGCUAUGAUGGAACAAAUGAAAAAUCCUCAAAUACAAGCAUUAAUGGAAAAUCAACAAGCACUUCAAGCUAUUAAACAUGUAGGACAAGGACUUCGACGAUUACAUGCAGCAGCACCGAAUCUAUUUCCAGCUGGUAGUUUAUUAACUAAUCUUCAUUUUGGUCUGACUAGUUUAUUUUUACCAGCUGAUACUGGACCUUGUUCAUCAUCAAUAACUCAAUCUACUGCAUCUGAUUCAAUAGCUACUAGUAAUACGUCAUCAUUAAAUGAUCGAAAUAAUAAUGCAAAUCUAUUUGGCCAAACGUUGAAUAUGAUGUCAAAUGAAAAUAUUAAUACAUCAUCUGAUCAACUUUAUGCUGUUCAAUUAGAACAACUUGUUUCAAUGGGUUUUACUAAUCGUGAAUCGAAUUUCGAAGUUCUUAGGGCAACAAUGGGAGAUGUUAAUGCAGCUGUUGAAUGGAUUCUUUUUCUUCAUUUAUAUUAG